AUGUCCGUCUUUUUCAAAGAGAUUCUACCAGGCAACCCUGUUAAGAAGGGUGAUGUAGAGGCUCUUCUUGAGCGUCUAGAGCUCACCAUCCGCCCCGAGGAUUCGGCAGACUAUCAACUCCUCCUCGCUGCUGUUCACGAUUGUGCUGAACGGAUCUCGAGUCUACCGGACUACCAGCCCAUUCCGGACAUUGAAAGAUUUCCCCGCCAAGAUGUUCGUUUGCCCGAAAAGCAUGAACAAGCCUUUGGUCACGCUUGGGCACACCGUUUCACCAUUCAUGGCGACAAGACAUCACGCUCAUCACUCGCCGGCAAAUCGGUUUGUCUGAAGGAUUGUAUUGCUGUAGCUGGUGUACCGCAGUUCUUUGGUAGUGACGCAUUUCCAGCAUGGACACCAUCCACAGACGCUACCGUUGUGACAAGGUCUCUAGAGGCUGGAGCUGUCAUUACGGGAACAGCGACAUGCGAGAACUUUUGCAACUCGACGUCGUCCUUUACCAGUGCUCAGGGCACUAUCGAUAACCCGCGCAAGGCUGGUUACUCAGCUGGUGGCAGCACGUCUGGUGGUGCUGCCCUUGUCACGAGUAGUCUGGCCGAUAUUGCCAUUGGAACAGAUCAAGGUGGAAGUAUUCGCGUGCCUGCUUCCUUGUGUGGCUGUGUGGGAUUCAAACCGACACAUGGGCUCGUGCCGUACACUGGCAUCUCAAGUGGUGACCAGAUCGACGAUCAUGCUGGUCCGCUUGCAAGGACAGUAGACGAUAUUGCAGCUUGCUUGGAUACUAUUGCAGGUUACGACGGAAUCGAUGAUCGAUCUCUCGGAGCGGCGCCGCAUGGGUCAUUUGGCUUUCUUGAGUCACUGAAUGGCGCAAGUCUACAAGGUGUCCGUAUUGGUGUUCUGGAGGAGGGAUACGACGACAACAGUCUCAUACAACCGGGUGUUAAGAAGAUCUUUCUUGAAACGGUAAACAGACUUGAGUCUCUUGGAGCGAUAAUCCAAGACAUCUCAAUUCCUAUUCACAAGGAAGGCCCUUCGAUAUGGACCAUCCAACAACGCAUCUCAGGCUCGGCAGGCAUUCUGGGUCAGGCCAACGGCCGCCGAGGUCUCUACUUGACCGAGUUUGAACAGGCUCGUCUACCUUGGACCGCUUCGCAAUUUGAGAAAUUAUUCCCGUCAACUAAAAACACAGUUAUCAAUGGCUUGUACCUGCAACGCACUUUCCCGGGCCUCUAUUCCAAGACGGUCAAUAUCGGAAGACAGAUGCGCGAUGCGUACGAGGCCAAAUUUAAGGAGUACGAUGCUAUCAUUAUGCCCACCACGCCGUUUGUCGCACCACGACACGGAUCGAGAGAAUCUGUGCUCAAGUCGUUCGAGCCUAGCAUUGGUAUGACCAACAACACAGCCAUCUUCAACGUCACAGGUCAGCCUGCGCUGUCGCUUCCGGUUGGGUGGUCACAAGCUGCUGAUGACGAAUCUGUCAUGCUGCCAGUUGGUCUACAGAUUGUUGGAGGACUUUGGGAGGAGAAAAAAGUGCUUCGUAUUGCCAAAGCUCUGGAAAGUAGUCUAGGUAGCUUUCUUCUUUGA